AUGGAGACAGUGGAGAGAAGAGAACAGAGAUCCUUUGCCAAACCAGUGAAGCCCUCCUACAGGCGCUCCAAGAGUGAUUUGGGGGAGAAAAAUGCCAAGGAUGCUCUCCAGAAAGCACCGAAUCAGAAGAAGUUGAAUGGCAUUAAAUCAAACUCGCAUCUUCAUUCCGAAACCAAGAAGGGGAUCCAGCCCAAGAGUGAGGCACAAAACUCCCUGAGAAAAGAGAUUGUGCAGCUAGAGAGGCACCUCGAUGAUCAGCAGACUGUGCGCGGCGCACUAGAGAAAGCGUUGGGUCCUGACCCUGCUCCAUUUACCUUGUCCAAUGAGAGCCCAAUCCUCAAGCCCGCUAAUCAACUGAUAAGGGAGGUUGCCACAUUGGAGCUAGAGAUCAAGCACCUGGAGCAGUACCUCCUGACACUGUACAGGAAAGCGUUUGAGCAAGCACCCUCAUUGCCAUCUUCAGGCAUUCAAGGGGAGGCACCGGCGCCACCAAAGCCGUCAGUGAGCUCACGCUCUGCGGCGCUGGUCGAAGAAACGCCGAAGGCGAAGGCGACCGUCGGAAGAGGUGGCGAUGCAAUGCUCCACUACAGCUGUCCUCCCCUUAGUAAGAGGAGGAACGGCACAGUCGAUGAUUCUUCUCCGUCGACGUGCCCAAGGAAGACUAUGGACUCUGAUCAUGGCUUGCGCAGCCAGUCUGCGCUGUCGUUCCGCGGCGUGUGCUCGUCGAGAAUAUCGCCGUCGGAGGAGAGCCUGGCGAGGGCUCUUCGCUCGUGCCACUCUCAGCCUUUCUCAUUCUUGGAGGAAGGGGAGACUGCUACUACAUCAGGAGUGGUAAGCCUAGCCGACUAUCUGGGCACUAACGUGGCUGACCACAUCCCUGAAACCCCCAACAACCUUUCUGAGGAGAUGGUGAGGUGCAUGGCAGGGGUAUACUGCAAGCUCGCAGACCCACCUCUAGUUCAUCACCGUCCAUCGUCGUCGCCGACAUCGUCCUUCUCCUCAACCAGUGUGGUCUCCCCGCAGUACCUUGGGGACAUGUGGAGCCCCAAUUGCAGGAGAGAGGCCACCCUGGACUCCCGGCUGAUCAACCCGUUCCACGUCGAGGGGCUCAAGGAGUUCAGUGGACCGUACAACACCAUGGUUGAGGUCCCGUCGAUUUCACGCGACCGCAGAAGGCUAAGCGAAGCCGAAGAUUUGCUCCAAACAUACAAGUUAAUUCUUCAUCGGUUAGAGACUGUCGACCUCCGGAGGAUGGCGAACGAAGAGAAGCUCUCCUUCUGGAUCAACAUACACAAUGCAUUGUUGAUGCAUGCUUACCUCAAGCAUGGCAUCCCACAGAACCAUCUGAAGAAGACAUCACUUCUUGUCAAGGCUGAGUGCAGGAUCGCCGGCCGCACCAUCAAUGCAGCAGCAAUCCAGGGGCUUGUUCUCGGGUGCAGCACCCACUCUCCCGGACAGUGGCUGAGGACUUUGCUGCACCCGAGGAUCAAAAGCAGAGUGAGCAAAGGAGGAGGCCAGUGGCAACCCUUUGCCAUCAAUCGACCGGAGCCUCUUUUGCGGUUCGCACUUUGCUCCGGAAACCAUUCCGAUCCAGCGGUGAGGGUGUACACGCCGAAGCGGCUGUUCCAGCAGCUGGAGGCGGCCAAGGAGGAGUACAUCCGCGCCACGGUGGGGGUCCGGCCGCCGGAGCAUCAGCACCGCCACCGCGGCGGCAGAGUGGUGCUGCCGAAGCUGGUGGAGGCGUACGCCAGGGACGUGGGACUCUCACCGGAGCGGCUCCUGGACGCGGCGCAGCGGUGCCUGCCGGAGAGCGUACGGGCGGCGGUGCAACGGUGCCGGCAGCAGCAGCAGACGACGGCGGUCGUGGAGUGGGCGCCACACAGGCAGAGCUUCCGGUACCUGCUCGCCAGGGACGUUGCAUUCCCGCACCUCAGCUGA